UUACAAUAUUAUGAACACAGUUCUGGACUGUUGUGUCCAUCAUAUGUUGAGACACUGUCUGUCUGAAUCAAUGCUCGUGCUCCUGUCCGAUCCGAUUAUCGAUUAUUAAUAAACCUACCGAGAGAUAGGCGCGUGAGCAUAGGCUACCUAACUACAAGCGACCACUAUCUAAAUAUGAUGUAAGUGUUUUAUAACAGUGUAAUAACUUACAGGUUUCUCCGAUGCUAUUUGUUUUAUGCCCCAGUUCGUGUUUUUCAUCCUGCCCGGAAGAGAAGGCGUGUUCGCGUUUUACCCAAGGCAACCUUUUGAUUUUCCAUAUGAUCAGUCGUGUCUGUCAGCCGCUCCAAACUCAACGGCACUAAGUUCCAACAGACUCUGCUUGGACUUUUCACACACCUAAACUUUUCCCGGAGAAAAUAUCCACCAAUUCUGGACAUCAUUGAUGUAGAGGUGAUGGAGGGAGAAGGGGAGUUGUUGGACUUGAGUCACCUCUCAGAGGCAGAGCAGACAUCCAUCUUGGAAGUGUUACUAAGGGACUCGGAUCUGCGUUGCCUUGACGAGGGGCGUGUAAGGACCCUGCAGGAGAAAGAGGCGGACCCAGUGCGUCUGAGGUUGCUGUCGGGGGCGUGGUUUCAUGAGGAGAGGAGGAAGCGCUACCGAGACACAAAGGAUGGCGUUGACAUCAUACAGGCAUCCAUACGAGGCAGGAAGCCAAGAACAGAAUUGUCUGUGAGUGGGGUGUUUAAAGGGCAGACAGAAGAUGCUCCUCCCACUAACAACAACGACCCCAGCUCUCAGAUAGAGGACAAGAAAGAGGAGGAUGACAAGAGAAGUAACAGGAGUCCACCUACAGCCAGACCCAGACCCAAACCCAGGAGCCCAAACCCACAGGAUACAGACUCUGUGUCCAGUGUUGUGACAGAAGCUGAUCUGAUGCCUCUAAGGCCUGGGAUCUCCAUCAGCACUCUAAGUCUACAGUCUAACUACACACUAUGUGGCAGUAUGAUGAGUCUGUUCAGUUCUGGGGAGUUUGGGGCAGUGGAGGUGAAGGGGCGUGUCCUGUUCUCGUUGGACUAUGACACUCAGAGGGAGAAGCUACAGGUCAGAGUGUGUCGUUGUGAAGGCCUGGCUGCUGCACACAAGAACCACUCCGACCCGUACGCAAAGGCCUAUCUCCUGCCUGAUAAGUCUUCUCACAGUAAGAAGAAAACGACAGUAAAGAAAAAGACCCUCAACCCAGUCUUUGACCAGACACUGAAAUAUAAGAUGAGCGUGUCAGAGGUACGUGGCAGGACUCUGAACCUGUCUGUGUGGCACGCUGCCCCCCUGGGUAGAAACCUGUUCCUAGGAGAGGUAGAACUGGAGCUGGCUCACUGGGACUGGACACACACAGACCCUGACUGGUACCAACUACAGCCACGGUUGCAGUGUAGUCCAGAGUCUAUCAGUAGUCGAGGAAACAUCAGGCUCUCUAUCAAGUUCACCCCAGCAGGAUCUGAGGGUGGAGGUCUACCUCCAUCUGGGGAGCUACACAUUUGUCUGUGGCAGGCGCAGGGUCUUCUCUCCACCAAAGGUGGCGCCAUCGACUCCUUCGUCAAGAGCUACGUGCUGCCGGACGCCGGCCGGUUGAGCGGUCAGAAGACCCGGAUGGUCAAGCGGUCAAUCAGUCCAAUCUACAACCACACUAUGGUGUACGAAGGGUUCCAACCUGCUGACCUGAGGGAGGCCUGCGCAGAGCUGACCGUCUGGCACCGUGAAGGGAUUAAAACACACCUGCUGGGAGGGGUCAGACUCAGCCCUGGGACAGGUCUGAGCUACGGGGCGGCAGUGUGUUGGAUGGAUUCAACAGAGGAGGAAGUUACCAUGUGGACCUCCAUGAUCCUGAACCCUAGCCACUGGAUAGAUACUACACUACCUAUCAGAACUAACCUGGCUAAUCGCCAGAAGUAACACUGUUGGUGUAUUCUGGGUAGUAGUCUGCUGUUGGUGUAUUCUGGGUAGUAGUCUGCUGUUGGUGCAUUCUGGGUAGUAGUCUGCUGUUGGUGUAUUCUGGGUAGUAUGCUGCUGUUGGUGUAUUCUGGGUAGUAGUCUGCUGUUGGUGUAUUCUGGGUAGUAGUCUGCUGUUGGUGUAUUCUGGGUAGUAGUCUGCUGUUGGUGUAUUCUGGGUAGUAGUCUGCUGUUGGUGUAUUCUGGGUAGUAGUCUGCUGUUGGUGUAUUCUGGGUAGUAGUCUGCUGUUGGUGCAUUCUGGGUAGUAGUCUGCUGUUGGUGUAUUCUGGGUAGUAUGCUGCUGUUGGUGUAUUCUGGGUAGUAGUCUGCUGUUGGUGUAUUCUGGGUAGUAUGCUGCUGUUGGUGUAUUCUGGGUAGUAGUCUGCUGUUGGUGUAUUCUGGGUAGUAGUCUGCUGUUGGUGUAUUCUGGGUAGUAGUCUGCUGUUGGUGUAUUCUGGGUAGUAGUCUGCUGUUGGUGUAUUCUGGGUAGUAGUCUGCUGUUGGUGUAUUCUGGGUAGUAUGCUGCUGUUGGUGUAUUCUGGGUAGUAGUCUGCUGUUGGUGUAUUCUGGGUAGUAGUCUGCUGUUGGUGUAUUCUGGGUAGUAGUCUGCUGUUGGUGUAUUCUGGGUAGUAGUCUGCUGUUGGUGUAUUCUGGGUAGUAUGCUGCUGUUGGUGUAUUCUGGGUAGUAGUCUGCUGUUGGUGUAUUCUGGGUAGUGGUCUGCUGUUGGUGUAUUCUGGGUAGUAGUCUGCUGUUGGUGUAUUCUGGGUAGUAGUCUGCUGUUGGUGUAUUCUGGGUAGUAGUCUGCUGUUGGUGUAUUCUGGGUAGUAGUCUGCUGUUGGUGUAUUCUGGGUAGUAGUCUGCUGUUGGUGUAUUCUGGGUAGUAGUCUGCUGUUGGUGUAUUCUGGGUAGUAUGCUGCUGUUGGUGUAUUCUGGGUAGUAGUCUGCUGUUGGUGUAUUCUGGGUAGUUUGCUGCUGUUGGUGUAUUCUGGGUAGUAGUCUGCUGUUGGUGUAUUCUGGGUAGUAGUCUGCUGUUGGUGUAUUCUGGGUAGUAGUCUGCUGUUGGUGUAUUCUGGGUAGUAGUCUGCUGUUGGUGUAUUCUGGGUAGUAGUCUGCUGUUGGUGUAUUCUGGGUAGUAGUCUGCUGUUGGUGUAUUCUGGGUAGUAUGCUGCUGUUGGUGUAUUCUGGGUUUUGUUGCCAAUGGUAGAGAUUGGCUGGGUCUAGUUUUCUAAAAGUUUGGGAAGAGAAAAUGGAAUAGGUGAGUAGUCCAUCUGUCGUUUUAGUUUUCAGACCCAGAUAUUAUUCCAGUUGAAUCAAAUGCAUUUAAAUUAGGGCUGUGGUUUGAAUGAGAAUAUGGUCUACGAUACUUCCCCAAGCCUAGCUAGGGGUUUAUAAAUCCCUUAACGAUCAGUCUGUUGACUUACACAACAAUAAGGAACGAAACAGAGGAAACUGGGAAGAGUAAAUUACACGACUGUGUGUUAGUUAACAAAGACUUUAGUUAACAGAGUGCCAUUCUUAUGUUAAAACUACUGUAUGAAAGAAUGUGUGUAAUCUGUAGACCUUGGUCAAACAUGAUACUCUAGAUUAUCAACUUUUCUGCCUCUUGCUUUCUCUCUCUUUCCAUCCCUCUCUCUUCUCUCUCUCUUUCCCUCUCUCUUCUCUCUCUCUUUCUAUCCCUCUCUCUUC